GACGUCAGUGUGCGAAAACGUCCUCAUAUAUGAAGACAUAUCUGUUAACAUAAUGCAAAAACGUUCUAUAUUAAAACAAUAUCAAAAAGGAAAGUUUGUUAUUCAAAUAUAUUGAAAGGAUUUGUUUAUUCUGGAGAAAAUAAACUUGGAUAAAGUGAAUCAUUGGAUGUUAAUUGUUCAUAGAAAUAAAAUAAAAUUUGAUAUUUUACUUGACUAAGACAUUUAAAUUCACUGAAAUCUAUGAAAAGAAUAUCAAGAUUCAUAUUCUUCAUUAAGUUAUCUUUCUACCAAGUGGGCAAUUACUUGUGUUCAAAUAAACAUAGUAUAUUCCUUUAAAACAACAACGGUAUUUUCAAGAAAAAAACAUGAAAUGUUCCAAUCACUACUUUGACAGAUAUUUGUUCUAGUGAUAUAAAGCGUUUGAUCUGAUAAAUUUGGAAAUGGAAACAGACAUUUUAACUGGGAUAGUAAAUACCACAGGAAGCAUAAACAUAACGACAACACCGGUAUAUGAUUAUGAAAUAAUCAACAGCCCUCCAAUUGAGGAACUUGUUCCGGUAUCACUAGCAUAUGGCUCGACAUUGCUGCUGGGAAUCGCUGGAAAUGUUCUGGUCAUAUUUUCUGUCAGUCGUUACGAGCAAAUGAUGACAAUAACAAACACAUUUCUACUUAGUCUAGCCUCUGCUGAUCUUCUACUUCUACUUGUUUGUGUACCAGUCAAGCUGGCUGCUUUCUUUUCCUUCAUCUGGCGUUUUGGGGAGGUCUUAUGUAAAUUAAUUCACUACAUACAGAAUGUAUCUGCAAUAUGCUCAGUCGCUACGCUAACAUUCAUGAGUCUUGAAAGAUAUUACGCAAUAGUUCACCCACUAAGAUCGAAAUAUGUGUGUACAGCAAGUAGAGCAAGACGGGCAAUCAUUUGUCUCUGGUUGGCGUCAUUUAUUUUAGCUAUCCCUAUUUUAAUCGGAAGGGUUCACCUGACUGUUGGGAUUCACCGGAAUGCCACGUGGUGUGUUAAAUGGUUUAAGAAUAAAAUUGUUAGUCAGUUGUAUGAAGUGUACAUGUUCUGUUUAAUAUUGCUUCUGCCUGUUCUUAUAAUGUCAUUCGCCUACUAUCGAAUAUGUAGAGAACUUUGGUUUAUGUCUCGCCAUCGAUGUGAACUUAGAGCUCCUACGUCGUAUAGGGCUUCUCCAAGCCAAAGUAAGAGCUCGCCUUACGGUACACCUUUACGUUUUACUGCAAGUGAAAGCACCCCAGUCCUCAAAGUGAAAUUUUCUGAGGAUGAUAAAACAAAGAAACAGUUUAAAGGUAGCCUCAACUCUGUUUUUGAUCUUCGUGGUUGCCAUAUUUUUAACGACGAGGUUUGUGAGAUGAAAAGG